AUGAAACCGGCGAGAAAUAACGAAAAGGUUAGUUGAAAGAAGAAAGGUUUUCUGGAUAAAAUAGUUUGAGACUUUGAACAGUGAAGAUCCUGAGGCUCCUACGAUUGGAGAACGCUUCAUACAUAUUGGUGAUGUGAAACUUUCAAACAUCGACCUCCAGAAAAUUGUACUCCAAUCAGAAGAGAUUCAAAGACAGAAGAAUAACCAGGGUAAAAAAGGUUAUUUUGCAGUUUAACAACGAAGUACUACAGAUCUGCAAAAUGACAAAGAAUUCAUGAAGUCCUUGAAUGAUUAUGCAACUCAGAAAUCGAAAGAGAUAAUCGAAUCAACAGUACUAUCGGACGAAAUAAAAAGCAAAGUAACUUGUCAGCAGUAUAUAACGCAGUUAACUUCUUGUACUUCAGAACAGUCCAUUUGCAUCACAAAAACCAGAGAAACCAUUCACUAGAAAGGAGGAGCGAAUUGGAGGUUCCAUGGAUUUCUCCAAACCAUUUAUCAACGGGGGUGUCGAAGUUAUUGAGACAAAUAAUUUAUAUUUCGGACAGAAACAUUCUCCUGAUGCAAUAGCUGAAAACAAAAAGAGUGAAGGAGUAUCAAAAAAGAAUGUCAUAAUUAUGCCAUUAAGUUCAAGUUCACUGGUUCACGAAUACCCUAUCGGUAAUGCAAUACUGAAUUAAUCAACAAUACUUUAUGUUUCAGACAUUGCCCGCAAGUUGCUUAAAUCUGAAAUCACUUGCAAUUUCAAGUUCACUGUGGAAAUCUAUUUUGGGGUGACUGGAAUUGUCCGUCAGUGCACUUUCACAUAUACCGGAAACAACACAUUUGAAAACAUCCGUCAAUUUUUCAAAAAGAACCAUUAUGAAUCUGCGAACUUCCAGUGGUUUUACUUGAGUAUGUUUUUGAUAUCAAAACGUCCAACGUACUUUCCUUUAUUUCUAGACCACAAUGGAAAUUUAAUGGAGGUUCAUAACACUCUCACUUUGAAACAUAUGUUAAUAGCCCAUGGAGCAUAUCCCACAGGGCAGUGGAACCUGAUGAAAAAAUCUGGGAAAGUACUGUGUAUUCCGAAAUGUGCACGAACGGAACAUGCAAUUUUCGAGCGUGAAUCAGACCUAAUAAUGGGUUUUGAAAAUGUGAGUUUCAGCCAGGUUUCAAUUAGAUAAAAUAUUAUUUUUUUUAGAUUCAGGAAAAUAUUUUUAUGUUUCAGAAAGCUCUGGCUAAUCAAGGGGAAAAGCUUAUGGACCAUCUUCCCUAUCUUAUUGCUCCUGAUCAUAGAAACGAAUCAAUUUUCGAACAAACAAUCGCCUACAGUAGGGAAGAAAAAAGCAAUCCAUACAACGCAUUCAAGACAAUCGCAGAGCUUAUCGAGUUCUGUCAGCGUCCUUUGAAAACCUAG